UCAAAACACAUGGUUUAGUUAUCGAGUCAAGAAUUAUUUCACUGUUAAUUUAGUGUCUGGAUUAUUUAUUUAUUAAUGUUAUUUUUUUAACAUUAUGGCUUCUAAAGAGAUAAAAAAGUUUUUGAAAUCGCAUUCUUCUCUAGAAUACAUCGAAGAGAAAAAUAAGGUAAAGUGUAAGCUAACAAACCAUGAAAUGCCAGCCCAGGCAGAUGCUAUUAAAUCCUAUGUUGAAGGGAAAAAAUACAAGAAAGCCAGAUGUCUUCAGACCUACGACUACAACCAGCACAAACCACACAUUGUUCCCAGCUCCAAGAAGAAACACUUACAUGAGCUGUUUUGUACUUUAACUUUACGCCACAUUGGUAAAACACCCCAGGACGUAGAGAGGCAUAUUAAUGGGAAAAAAUUCAAGAGAGCGCUUGCUAGAUGGCACAAGUGCCAAGAGACAGGUGAGAAAUUUGUUCCCAGGAGUGGUGGGAGGAAGAAGAAGAUGGUGACGUCAGACAACGACAGUGUCAGUGGGGGGGAGCAGUUCUGGUCUGAAGACAGCUCGGACGGCAUGGACGCUCAGGGUCAUGAUGACCUAAGCGACCUUUACCCUGCCAAAGAUUUUGAUGUUUCUGAUGAUGAAGAGGUGAGAGUCAAAGGGACAGAAUCCUCAGAAAACCAGCCACCAGGGGAAGUAAAACAAGAGUAUGAUGAUGUAGAGGAGGGAUCAGAUUAUGACAUGAGUGUGUUGGACAAUGGCACUGACCACCCUGUGGCAGGUAGCACAGGGAAGCUGCAGAAGUUAGAGGAUCAAGUUCAAGGACAGAAAAAAAAGAAACGAAAAAGUGGAGAACAGGUUAAAGAACACAGUGUUAAAAAACAAAAAAAGAAAAAAAAUUAAAUAACUUGUGACUUA